UGUGCUGCUUAUCAGGCAUUUCAUUUCUAAAAGCUUCCCAGGAAACAUCUGUUUUGAGCGGCUGCUGCUGCUCACUCCAUGUUUUAAUUACAUCUGCUGCUGUUUCCUGAUUCUUCUUCUUCUUCUCCUCAGAGGAGGUUUUAUAAAAUCCCUGCACAGAUAAUGAAGCUGCGGAUUUGUGUCGUUUUGUGCUUGAUUUUUUUGGCUCUCCUGAGACUCCUCUCCGUCCCCUGGCUCUGCAGCCUAUUAGCAUGGCUGGGAGUCCUUGUGUUCUGGAUGGGAUCUUGGGGGAACAUUUAUAUUGCUAUAUGCACCAUCAAGAGAGACCUAAUGUGCUUGGGUGCUAUUGUGAAAGUAAAACUUGCCAUGUACAGAAAUCUACGAAAUAAAAGAACCAUUCCUGCCUUGUUUGCUCAAAAGGUACAGCAGCAUCCAGACAAACAUGCCUUGAUUUUUGAGGCCACAGGAGAGGUCUGGAGUUUUAAAGAACUGCAAGAGCGAUGCAACGCUGUGGCUCACUGGGCACUGUCCCAGGGCUGGGCUGAGGGGGAUGUAGUGGCUUUAUACAUGGAAAAUCAUCCAUUAGUGGUUGCUCUGUGGUUGGGGCUGGCUAUGGUAGGUGUAGAGGCUGCAUUCAUCAACUACAACCUUCGACAACAACCCCUGCUGCACUGUGUUGGUGUGUCUGGAGCUCGGGCCAUGGUGUUUGGAGCAGAGAUGACUAAAGCGGUGUCAGAAGUGGUAGGAUCUUUGCAGCCUGGCAUGGUUUUGUUCUGCACUGGUGAUGAAGAGAAUAAGGAGGAGCUCUGCAGCUUCCAAGCUCAGAGUUUUGAAGCCCUGCUGACCCGUUCUCCCACACACCCACCUAAUUACAAGCUGAAGAAAGACAUUAAUGACAGACUUUUCUACAUUUAUACCUCUGGUACAACCGGAAUGCCAAAGGCAGCUAUUGUGGUGCACAGCCGUUAUUUCCGCAUCGCUGCCUUCGGUUUUCACUCCUUUGGCUUGCGUCCCGACGACAUUGUCUACAACUGCCUUCCUCUCUAUCACUCUGCAGGCACCAUCAUGGGUGUGGGACAAUGUUUGCUCUUUGGCUUGACAGUUGUAAUAAGGAGGAGGUUCUCAGCCAGUCGCUUCUGGGACGACUGUGUCAAACACAACUGCUCUGUAAUCCAGUAUAUUGGUGAGAUCUGUCGGUACCUGCUGGCUCAGCCUGUCUGCCCAUCUGAAGCUCAUCAUCGGGUCAGAGUUGCCAUUGGUAACGGCCUUCGUCCUUCCGUGUGGGAAGAGUUUGUCCGGAGAUUCAGGAUCCAAAGAGUUGGCGAGUUCUAUGGUGCAACCGAAUGCAACUGCAGUCUGAUCAACAUAGAUGGAAAGGUGGGAGCGUGUGGAUUCAGUAGCCGGAUCCUGCCCAACCUUUACCCCAUCAGACUGGUCAAGGUGAAGGAGGAUAAGAAAGAGCUGCUCAGGGAUUCACAGGGACUCUGCAUACCUUGUCUGCCUGGGGAGCCGGGUAUGUUAGUGGGACGCAUCAGCGACACGGAUCCACUCAGGCGGUUUGACGGCUACGCUGAUCAGGACUUGACCAAUCAGAAAAUUGCUCACAAUGUGUUCCAGAUGGGAGACUCUGCUUAUGUCUCAGGUGACGUGCUGGUGAUGGAUGAAUAUGGCUACAUGUAUUUCAGGGACCGUGGCGGGGACACGUUUCGCUGGAGAGGGGAAAAUGUUUCCACCACAGAGCUGGAGGGAGUCCUCAGUGGGUUGCUGGGACACACUGAUGUAGCCGUUUAUGGAGUGUCUGUUCCAGGCGUGGAGGGCAAAGCUGGCAUGGCAGCCAUCGCUCACACAGGAGGCAGUUUGGACCUCGAUGAGUUUCUAAGUGUUGUCCAAAAAGCCCUUCCAAACUACGCACGACCCAUCUUCUUGCGACUCAUGCCAUCUGUGGACACUACAGGUACAUUUAAAAUUCAAAAGACACGUCUGCAGAAGGAAGGGUUCAAGCCACAAGACACAAGGGAAGAGAUCUAUUUUCUGAACAGCCAUGCUGGACGUUAUGAGGCUGUUACUGAUAAACUCUUUAAAGCUAUCAUGGAGGGUGAAGUUUCUCUUUGAAACAAAAGCACAC